AUGGCGUCUCUCACCGCCCGACCCCUCCACCAGUUGGAGUUGAAUACCCUAUCCCAUGUCCCGGACGCUUAUGCAUGGUCCGCCCUGAACGACCUUCCUUACGGAGACGACGUCGUCCCCGUCGUCGACCUCGCGAGUCCCGACGCCGUCGGUCUCAUCGGCCGGGCAUGCGAGGAGUGGGGCGCGUUCCAGAUCACCGGGCACGGCAUCCCGCUCCAUCUGCUGGACCGCGUCGAGGCACAGACGCGCCUCCUCUUCUCCCUCCCCACCGCCCAGAAGCUGAAGGCCGCUCGAGGCCCCGGUAGCCUCAGCGGCUACGGCCUCGCCAACACCUCCUCCUUCUACUCCAAUAUCUUCUGGUCCGAGGGCUUCACCAUCAUAGGAUCUCCCUACGACGACGCCCGCAAGCUCUGGCCCGAAGACUACGAAGAGUACUGUUGCGUGAUGGAAGAAUAUAACAGGCUGAUAAAGGCUCUGAGCGGGAGGCUGCUGCGGUCGAUGAUGCUUUCGUUGGGCCUCCACGAGGAAGACAUGGACUGGGCCGGCCUUCUUAGCAAGGCCGAUCCUGUGCUCCAGCUAAACUACUACCCGGCCUGCCCCGAGCCCGACAGGGCCAUCGGCAUCGCCCACCACACCGACUCCAGCUUCAUCACCAUCCUCUACCAGAGCAGCGGCGAGAGCGGGCUUCAGCUCGUGCACCGGGAAGACGCAGCGGGCCCCGCUCGGUGGGUGACGGUGCCGCCGCGUCGUGGAGCCCUGGUCGUGAACGUCGGAGAUCUGUGUGAGAUCGUAUUCAACGGCCGGAUCCGAAGCGUGAUGCACCGGGCCAUCGUCAACCGUACCCAGACUCGCGUCUCGGUGGCGUACUUUUGUGGGCCUCCGCGCCAGUUCAAUGUUGCGCCCAUCGGGAAGCUGGUUGGCCCAAACGAGCGCCCGGCAUACCGAGCCAUGUCGUGGCCCGAGUUCCUGAGCUUGAAGAGGAAACUCUACAACAAGACGCUGGAAUACUUGAGAUCGCCGGAGGAGGAAGCGGAGGAUCACAAGAAUACCUCCGAGAUGGCCAAUCAGAAGUAAUCAAGGAUGAUGAAAGGGGAAGCAAAGGUGGCAGUUUGGUCUUAUGAACGAGGGGUUUUUCGUGUCAAAGUCCUCAGGUGUUCCCCGGAAAGAGUGCAAAUAAAGCU